GUUAUGGUAAAGAAGGGGGGAGACCACCAGGAGACUUCGGCUCCGUUUGGAGAAACAGCACUGGACUGUAUGGUGAAGAACCGUUCACUAAUUUUACCUUUUUCUGAGGACCGGCUGUAUGAUUAAGCUACAAUCUUCAAUGAGUAAGCAUAUCCCACAGUUCCGUGGUGUUCUGGGUCACACAUUUAUGGAGUUUCUGAAGGGCAGUGGGGACUACUGCCAGGCUCAGCACGCUGCAUAUGCAGACGAGUGAACAGCCAAACGCACCAUCGAUCUGAAGCACUUGAGCCACAGGAGGGACCCCGGAAAGUUGGCAGGACCGGGACACCUCCCAGAACCAGCGACAACUCGGCCUGGAUGGGGUAACUCCACCCGCUGCACACUGCCCUCGUCGGCUUCCGCCUGGCCAGAAUCAAGGUGGAACCAGCCUUGUUUUUAUUUUCUUCCUUUUCUUUUCUUUUAGUCAAAGAGGAGAGGGUUUUGAAUUUCUUUUCUGAUUGUCCACCCCUUUUUGGUCGCCAGCCCUUAUUUCUUUAUUUCAUUUUUAAAGCCUUGCCAACCUCAAAGAAGAACAGAGAUUUUUUUGUGCCUGUGUUUCUUGAAGCUUGUUGGACCUUUUGCAUUUGACAUUCCUUCCGAGUUUAACUCAGUGUUUACAUCGGUGUUUUCACUCUGUGGAAGACUUUUUUGGAUUUCGUUAUACAUCUUGGUUUUUUUCCGUUGUCACGAUGGCUCGUAUGAACAGACCAGCCCCUGUGGAGAUCACCUACAAAAACAUGAGGUUCCUCAUCACCCACAAUCCCACCAAUGCCACCCUGAACAAGUUCAUUGAGGAGCUGAAGAAAUAUGGAGUCACCACUGUCGUGAGAGUUUGUGAGGCCACCUAUGAUGCUAGCCUGGUGGUGAAAGAGGGAAUCCAGGUCCUGGAUUGGCCUUUCGAUGAUGGAGCUCCUCCCUCUAACCAGAUAGUGGACGAUUGGCUGAACCUUCUGAAACUGAAGUUUAGGGAGGAGCCUGGCUGCUGCAUUGCUGUCCACUGUGUGGCAGGACUGGGGAGAGCUCCUGUUCUGGUCGCACUCGCUUUGAUAGAAUGUGGGAUGAAAUAUGAAGAUGCUGUCCAGUUCAUUCGACAGAAGCGCCGAGGAGCGUUCAACAGCAAGCAGCUCUUCUACCUGGAAAAAUACCGUCCAAAGAUGCGCCUGCGCUUCAAAGAUUCCAACGGCCAUCGCAAUAACUGCUGCAUCCAGUAGAGCCAAAUGCUGAGCCACGCCAACACCACACACACACACACACACACACAUACACUAAGGAAGAGCUCAAUCUAAAGUUGCUAGCUUAUGGCAGGCUUGUUUUCUUAGUCAUUGUGGUAAAAUCAUUUUAUUUGGAAAACCAUGCGCAGUAAAAAAAAAAAAUGACUGUCCCAAAAUCCAAGUGUCAAAAAAGAAAAAAGGAAAACAAGUUGUGUGAAUCAGGAUCGCAGUGUUUCCUCUUUAUGUGCCCAAAAAAAAAAA